UACAAGGCAACAGAAAUCAUGGCUGAACAGUUUCCUGAACUGAAGCAGUUUGAGCUAACCGAUGUGCGAAAGACUGGCAUCAAGAUUGGCAGCGGAGCCUACAGCACUGCAUGGGAAGUGGCCGUGCCUGGAGCCAUCUGUGCCGCGAAAGAGUUACACAAAUUCUUCAUCGAUGACAUUCCCGCGGGUAUUUUCCACUAUGACAGGCACAGGGUAGUAAAAUUGCAGAUCGUGAAUGGAUGUCAGCUGAUGAGCACCCUCCGCCACCCGAACAUCGUCCAGUUUCUGGGCGUCGCUUUCUUUCCCGGCUCGCGACUGCCAGCCCUCGUCAUGGAGCGACUGCUGACGAGUCUUCACGACUUGCUGGCUCCGGACCGGCCCCCUCCGUCCGGCGCCGUCACACCGCUAUCUUUCUUCUCCAUGGCUCUCAAGUGCUCCGUGCUGCACAACGUAGCGUGUGGCCUAGCCUACCUCCACGAGCACUCGCCGCCCAUCAUCCACAGCGACAUGUCGGCUCUAAGGAUUUUCCUGGACUCGGAGGUGGUGGCCAAGAUAGACCUGGGCGUGGCUCGUAUGAGUGGUACGGUCAUGACUCCGGCCCCAAUAUACAUGCCACCAGAGGUCUUUAUUGAAAAGCCCAAAUACAGCACCAGAACUGAUGUCUUCUCGCUUGGAGUUAUCACCAUUUACACGAUUGGUGAAGUCUUCCCCUGUGAUCUUCUAGACCCAAACUACUUUGACAAAAAGAGUGGAGGGCUGUUAGCUCGUACUGAACUACAACGACGCGCUGAAUACAUGCGAUAUGUAAACGAGCAACUCCGUGCCUGUGGCCAGCUCCGUGGGGACCACCCUCUCAUUCGGCUGAUCCAGCAAUGCCUGCACAACGGUCCUCACAAACGUCCGAAUAUUCGUGAGGUGCUGCGUCUGUUGGAGGAGGCCAGAGCUGUUGUUAGAGAUGAAGGGAGUGAGAGGAACAAACGUGAACUGGUACAGUCACUUCCCAAGAUCCAGGUCAUGACUGACGAGAGAGCUCAACAACUAAUUGAUGAGGCAAUGGAGUUAGGUAGUCUGCAGCAGAGGAAUGUGGUGGGAGUCAUCACUGGUCUAAUGGGAGCAGGGAAGACCACUCUCCUCUCCCGUCUCUUUGGCCUGGCACCUCCCGACUUCUAUACCAGCACCGGUGUCGCCGAGCAGUCGAUUCGAGGCUUCCUUCACCACAUCUUGCGCCUAUCAGCUGGUGUUUGGCAACGUCUUUCGUACAAGGACAUUCGUGAGUUUCUUGCCCCUUUAAUCCAAGCUGGAAUGAGAAAAUCUGAUGUCGAUAAGCUCGCCUCCUGUCUAAUGCGUGAUCUGAAUGUACAAAGUGCCAAGCCACUAGACCCCUUACUGAGUUCCACUCCAAAAGUUUCAUCGCAAGAAGAGGCCACUCCUUUUGUUCCUACAUCCCCUCAACUGCAUGAAGAAAGUCCAUCGUGUCAGGAAAUAUUCCCACUGGUCACGACAGCCACACCAAAAAGUCUUACGAAGGAUCUGAUACUGGAGCUGGUCCACAUGAUAGACACAGGAGGUCAGCCCGAACUCAUGGAAGUCAUGCCGUCUCUCAUACACAACGCCAACCUUGCAUUAGUUCUACUUGAUUUGCGCUACGGUCUAGACGAACGCCCUCCGGUAGAUUGCCAUGAGCAAGGAUUGUGCUACAAACGCCAGUUUCAGUCUCAUUACACUAGCAGGGACGUAAUCCUGAAGCUUGCAUCCACGUUGCACGCUAAGAAAUCCCAAAACAAGGCUUUCCGUCUUAUCAUUGUAGCCACACAUCGCGAUUGUGUGGAAGGCAACGUUGCCGCACGGGUAAAAGCGCUGAAUCACCAACUGGCAAGUCUCCUACUUCCGUUCGAAGACCAGCUCAUUCUCUUCCAACCCCCUGACAAAAUUGCAUUCGUUCUCGACUUGAAGAAACCAGACCGUGAUGAC